ACGAGAGGGGAGGGUGAGAGGAGUAGUGGGAUGGAAGCCGCGAGAGCGUGAGAGGGUUGCGAUUGUGCUACAGUCGCACCGCGACACCCCCAACGAGUGAAACCGCGCGCGCCCGGCGAUCUCUCUUUCUCUACUCUUCUCUCUCUAGCUCUCUCGUUCUCUCUCUCUCCCUCUCUCUCUCUCUUACUCACCCACUCACUCACUCACUCACUCACUCACUCUGUACCUCUCUACCUCUCUGCCUCGUUCACUUUCUAUGUUAUAUUACUGGUGGCCACGUAUACACGAAGGAUCCGCUUCGCGAACAGUGCUAUGCUUUUAAGGCUGCGAUCGAGGCACUCGUCGCUGCCACCAACCUUGUCAUCGUCAUCGUCAAAAGCGUCAUUCUUCGUCUUUUCUUCUUCGUCUCCUUCGGCUUCCGUUUCUUCGACGUCAACGAAUUCGGCCGCCACGCUGCCGCCGACCUUGUCCUUGCUCUUGUUCCUUGACCAUCGCAACCGUUGCUACUUUCUUCAACAGGAUUUUCAUCAGUGGUCAUUGUACACGGAGGAUAUCCUCGGACCCUCUAGGAAAGAGCACUCGACGUUUUUCUAAUUCGGGGCCACGUAUAUACUCAAGGCCAAACGCGAUAUUUACUUUUCAACCAAGUUACAAGAAUCACUUAUGGAAGGAAUGAGAACAGGGUGAAAGAAGAGAAACGUAUUGAUGAUAAUCGACCAGCUGUCCCGAAGAUUCAUCAACAAACUGGUGCAUUCUCAUGGCAGCACGGAAACUUGCAGCCCUCUUCGCCGCGGUUCUACAACUUUGCUUAUGUCAAAUUACCCCGGAAGUUGUACCAGAGUUCCUAGCCCCUUUGGAAAAUCACACGGUAAUCCAGGGUCGUGACGUGUCGUUCACUUGCGUCGUGAAUCACUUACAGUCGUACAGGGUAGCCUGGAUUAAAUCGGAUUCUAGGGCGAUCUUAGCGAUACACACACGUAUGGUUACACACAACCCACGGCUAUCUGUCACUCAUAAUGGACAUAACACGUGGAAGCUGCACAUAUCGAACGUUCAGAAGAAUGAUUCCGGUAGCUACAUGUGUCAAGUCAAUACCGAUCCAAUGCGAAGUCAGAUGGGCUACAUGGAAGUAGUGAUACCACCGGAUAUAAUGGACGACGAAUCAGCGAACGGUUUGGUGACACAGGAGGGUGGUAAUUUGAGGCUUAGAUGUAUUGCAACGGGUCUUCCAAAACCAACAGUCAAUUGGAAACGAGAAGAUGGAAGGAAGAUCGUACUUCGUGAAGAUGGAAAGAAGCAGAUUCUCGACACUUACGAAGGAGAAACUCUGGAGCUUACGGGAAUUUUGCGACAAGAGAUGGGGACGUAUCUCUGUAUAGCCAGUAGUAGUGUGCCACCAAGGGUCAGCAAACGUUACACCGUUUCUGUUCACUUCGAACCACUGAUCAGAAUACCCAAUCAAUUGGUGGGCGCUCCAGUUGACAGCGAUGUCGUACUACAGUGCUACGUCGAGGCUUCGCCGCAAGCUAUGAACACCUGGUACAGGGACUCAGGGGAAAAGCUGCCGCCGAACGACAAAUACACGAUGUCGGAGGAGCAGUUGAGCGAUUACUCGUGGCAGAUGAAUCUCACUGUCAAAUCUCUCAAAAAGGGUGACUUUGGUGGAUACGUCUGUUCAACGGUGAACGCCCUUGGAAAGGCGGAAGGAUGUGUUCGUCUCCAAGAGUUGCAACUCGUCGAUAAGACGACGCCGAGCAUUUUGAUGAAGAAUACGGAGAUUAGGCAACGAAAAAAGACGAUUAUGAAGGAAAAGAAAAAGACGAAUGGCGGAAACACUAACAACAGACGAAAAGUCCACACGUUGGACGGUUAUGAUUCGGAUUCGAUAGGGAACGAAGAUGACCUUGGAACAACGCAAAUAAUGGCUGGUAGUACUUUGCACGAAGGCAAAACCGAUCGGCCCUUACCCCUUCCCUCUAUCUCUCCACCAUGGAUAAACGUUAACGCAGCGAGUUCUAGACAAGGUCCGAUUGUUCGAGACAUUAUUUUUCUUCUCCUUCUUUUGUUGAGGUUGACGAGCUUUUUUUAAAAUGAAAAAUCUCGUCAAUUUGUACGAAGCCCAUCGACGACGACGUGUGCUAUCCGUGUUGUGAUCGAGAUCAAAAUGAUUUUCUCUCCUAUAUAUAUAUAUAUAUAUAUAUGUAUAUAUAUUUUUUGUCUUUUUCAUAUCCCUUCUGAUACUGAUUAUUCGUAAAAUAUAUGAAAUUUUCUUUUGCCUUGUUUUAUUUACGAUUUCAUAUAUUACAUUUUCAAUUUAGAUCAUACGAUUCUAUUUUCAUAUAUAUUUUAUUUUUUUUCUUUUGUACUUUUAAAUCUUCCUUUCCGUAUUUUUUAUUAUUUAAAAACAUAGACGCGUUACGAUAAAAGCUUUCCUUUUAUAUGUUCCGGUAUUAUUGCGGCAGUAAUGAGAUUAAAAUGAAAACGCACCGUGCGUAUGCGACAAUCCUACGAUAUCAAAUAGAAAUUUUUCCAUUCUGACGGAAUACGAAUAAAUACGUGACUGUAAAUACACGAACAAUCCAAGUUCACGCUGAUGAAAUAUCAGAGACGAAAGAAAGUUUAAUUUAUUAUUAGAAUGAGAAGAAUUAAUCUUCCUCGCACGGAUUCUGACUGUCCUCGAUUUAUUAUCGCAUGAUUUCCCUUGAAAAAUUUUAACUUGUAUAUUUAUUUGAUUUUUAAUAUAUUUAUAUCUUUUAUUUCAUUUAUUACUUUUAUUUUAUUUAACUCUCCUUAGGCGAUGAUUUCGAUUAUCACAUAGAAAAGAUAUACUCUAUAAAAUACGAAAUAAGCAAAACGAGUACAAAUCUAAUUUCACAAUUAUUCUCUUAUUUGUCGUUUAAGUUAUAACACGUACACAUACGUAUUUACCCACAUACAUACAUAUAUCGGUAAAGUUUCUAAAUGAUCUAAAUAAUAUCAUCGAGAAAAUAUUUCCUACGAACAAAUUUUCUACAUUUUUUUAUGAAUUUAUUUAACGAUAGUUUUCAUAAAUCGCAUCGGCUCUUUCGCAAAUUAGCAUUCCAUAGUUGCGUCGUUAUAGAUGUAUAAAUCAUAUUUCUUUGAUAAGCUAAUAAUUAAUAAAAAUGGAAAGAGAAAAAAGGAAAAGAAAAGAGUGAAAGGAAAAGAAAAAAUAGAGAGAAAGAGAGAAAGAGAAUGAAGAGUACAAUACGGUGAAACUAUCGAUACCGUACGAAAAAAGAAAUAAAAAUAAAAAUAAAAUAAACAGAAAAAAAAGAACAAGGUCUUCCUUCUAAUCGAUGUAAUAAACACGAGGACGUAAAUUUUUAGGUCCAUUGAAAAAAAAAUAAAUAAAAAAUAAAAAAAAAGAGCGAACAUAAAGUAAUUAUGGUGCGACCAAAAACGAAAGGAUUCUUUCGAUAAAAAAUUCUGUAAAUACGAAACUGUGAAUGUAUGUGAGUAGAUUAACUUGGCUCUCGCGUGCCAGAUAUUAGUAGACCUAUUUAGAUAAACGGAAUUAUUUAAAAUUGUAGAUAACUUUCAGAUGAUAAGUGACAGAUAUGUCGCAAUUAAUGUAAAAUCGGAUUGGUGAUAAAACUCGGACGAAAGAGGUACCGACGAAAGGAUGAAACCGAAAGAGAAAUGAUUUGGCCAUUUACAAUACUAUCGAAUUAUUUACGCUUUUUUCUUUUUCUUUUUAUCUAGAUGGCAAAAAAAUUAUAAAUGACAGGUGCAAUGUAUUUCUCUUUUUUCUACGAGUCCUUAAAAUCGUCAGCAUUAAUUACCAUUAUUGUUAUUAUUAUUAUCGUUCAUCAUAUUUCAAUGUCUUACAAACAAUAUCACAUAAUCGAUAGAGAUAAUGUAGUCCGAUGUUUAUUCGUAAUUAUAUAAUUUUUAUAACAAUAUUUCGUAUAUGAACGAAAGUAUACAGUAACCGUCUAUAUUAUGUCAUAAUAUUGUGUCGUCUUCCAUAAUAUUUUUUUAAAAAGGCCUCUAUUGUAACGAGAAGAUGAAAAAAGGAAAAAAAAAUAAAGAAGAAGAAAGAAGAAAGUGAAAAAGAACGUUGGUAACGAUCGAGAAAAAAGUAUGACCGAACUUUGCAAAGUCGGUUCGUAAAUUAUUAUUGAUAGAUAAACUGAUCGAAUUCUGAUAUUCUGUAGUCUCUGUGCGAAGAAGGAGAGGAUACGACAAUAAAUAAAGUAUGGUAGAUUCCCAUCUGAAUGAGAAUAUUUGUUUAAUAAACUCACUGGAAUCUUCCUACGAUAAUGUAAUAAUGACAAAAGAAAAAGAAAAAAAAAGAAAGAAAGAAAGAAAAAACAUGAUAAUGCGAGAUCGUAUUAAUCAACUGAUUAUCGUCGAUUGCUAUCGAGAUUUCAAUUUAUAAUUUUAUCUGCAUUUAUUGGCGGAUUUAGCCUUCGAGUGGCCCGAGGCGUUACAAAUUUUUGGAUUCUCCAUUAAAAUAAAUUAAUUACGCACAAUAUAUUUUCUCGUUUCAAUUGUUCGUGCAAAUAAUGAAAUAAGAAAUGCACUAGUGAAACAUUCGAUUAUAAUAAAAAAUAACAUCGAAAUAAGAAUUAUAUACUAGGGCCAAUAGAGAUGUUAAAUUUAUUAUAUAAUAUAAAUUUAUAUUGUGUCUUAUAGAAUAUUGUGUUCCUUCUGUUUUACGAAGUCCAAAACGGCCUGCUCUAUUGGCUGUGCGUAAAUUCGCCACUGCCUAUCCCGUCUUAAAAGUUGAAAAUUCAAUUUCAUCGAAUAACAUCUUCCCAUUAAUAAUAUUUACAUCGAUCAACGUUAAUACUUAUCAAAUUAAAAGAGAGCAGUCAUCUUUUAUAAAGAAUUUGAAUCGUACUUAAUUCCAGCGAGUUUCUACGCACAAAAGGUGCACAUUUCAUAUGUAUGUACUCUACAAACCUCUUAAAAUAUUCUUUUAUUCACUCGUCGGUCACGGUCGAUAAUUAUAAAAACAAUCGUUUAAUUCAUUCUUAUAUAACAAUCAAAUUGAAACGAUUACGUUCAACUGUAUGACAUAAUUAACUUUAUAAGCACAUAGGCGUUACAAAAUAUACAUAUAUAUGUACUUACAUAUCCCAAUAAGUUAUUAUAAGUAUUAAUUAUUUAAUAACAUAAUUAAUUUUCUUAAAGAAAUCAAAAGCGACACCGCGAUCGACGAUAAGUUUCAGAAAGGUCUUUGCACAACGGGUGUUUGAAUAUUAAUUAAAACUAAGGAACGAUAAUACAUAUACAUGGCAACGAGACAUAUGAAUCAUAUAGGACCACAUUAUAUGUAUGUACAUACACACGUAUAAACGUUAAUGAAUCUAUUCGUGUAAAUAAUACAAAAUUCAGUGUUGACUCUGUCGAUAGGAACGUUAAUGAAGAAUAACGAAUGAUUAAUAGAAUAACGCUUUUUAUUAAUUAAUGAAAAGCGUUCGCAUCGUUCGUUGUCAAAUUUGAACUAGAUUUUGUAUAACGCGACUAAUAAAAUGAACAUUCAAUCUAUACAUACAUAUAUUAUAAUAAAAGUGUAACAUAUUGACGAAUGCGAGAAAAGAUAAGGUUCGAUUCGCUAUAAAAACGUAUAUAUCGUUCGGGCAUGUAUGUACGUAUCUUAAAAGAAUAUAAAUUCAAUGUGAAUCCUGUGCAUACGAGCGUGAUAUUCCUCUCGCUGCUGGAGUUAUUGAGCUUUCGGGGAUAACUUGGUCACUUUUCGUUACCUUUGUCUGUUCGAAAAAUGAUAAGAAAGAAAGGAAGAAAGAAAGAAAAAGAAAAAUAAAAAAGAAAGAAAGAAGGAAGAAAAGAUAGAUUUGUCUGCAAGAACUCCAAGUGGAUAACGAGGGUAUCGAUUGUUGUUGUUAUUAUGGAUUGAUUUCCUUUUCGUAAUGAAAAAUCAAAAAAAUGAACGAUGGUGUAUAAAAUUAAAGAAAACAAAUUUGAAAGAAUUGAGCGUAGGAAAAAAAAUGAGUGUUAUUUUAAAA